CAGCAGGAAAGAAGAAGCAGCAGGAAGGAGUUCUUGAAGCAAGUUCAUAGCUUCGUAGACCUCAGUAGUCUGUCCUGGUCCUUCGUCGCUGUUAUGGCUUUCCUGUGCAGAAGUGCUGCUGUGCUCCUGAAGCCGCUCAGAGCCGCUCCGGCCGUCCAGUCUGCUGCCCGCCUGUACAGCUCAGGUGGUCAGUAUGAGUAUAUUGUGGUGGAAAAGCGAGGAGAGAAGAAUAAUGUGGGUUUCAUCCAGUUGAACCGGCCUAAGGCUCUCAACGCUCUGUGUGACGGGCUGAUGAGGGAGGUGGGACAGGCCCUUGAUGCCUUUGAGGGUGACAGCGACAUCGGAGCUAUUGUCAUCACCGGCAGCGACAGAGCAUUUGCUGCGGGAGCGGACAUUAAAGAGAUGCAGAAUCGAACCUUUCAGGAGUGUUAUGGUGGCAACUUCUUGGCUCACUGGAACAGAGUGUCCACAGUGAAGAAGCCUGUGAUCGCAGCCGUCAAUGGAUUUGCUCUUGGUGGAGGCUGCGAGUUUGCAAUGAUGUGUGACAUCAUCUAUGCUGGAGAGAAGGCACAGUUUGGCCAACCAGAGAUCCUAUUAGGGACCAUUCCUGGGGCGGGUGGCACCCAGCGGCUGACCCGCGCAGUGGGCAAGUCCCUGGCUAUGGAGUUGGUGCUAACAGGAGACAAGAUUAACGCUCAAGAAGCCAAGCAGUCAGGUUUGGUGAGUAAAAUUUAUCCAGUGGACCAGCUGGUGUCCGAAGCCGUGAAAUGUGGGGAGAAAAUUGCUGCCAAUUCCAAAUUGGUGUCUGCUAUGGCUAAAGAAGCUGUUAAUGCAGCCUUCGAACUGACUUUGGCUGAAGGCAAUCGUUUCGAAAAGCGGUUAUUCCACGCCACCUUUGCUACGGAUGAUCGUAAAGAAGGCAUGACAGCAUUUGUGGAGAAGAGAAAGGCCAGUUUCCAGGACAAGUAAAACCGAGCUGAUCAAGAGCUCAGCCACAAACACAACUAUCAGCAGAUCAUUUCUUUAUCUGCAAACAGUUGAAUGAUGCAAAAGUCCUGAUGGUAGUAGAACACACAAGCUGUAGGAUUUGGCACAGAGUGAAGUGCACAAGUGUCUUAUCACAGUGAAGCCCUGCCUGCUGAGGCUCAGUAUCAAAAUCAAAGGCAGUCUGGGUGCAGGAGUGCAGUGGGUUUAUAUGUGAAUACCAUUUGAUAACUGUGUCAUAGUCAGUGUGUAAUAGGAGGAGUCGGUCCUGAUGACUUUGCCUUUUCAUUUUCACUGUCAAAUAUUGCAUUAUGUCUGCAUUUUGUAGACAACUUUUUUUCCGGGGUACAUUUUACAAAUAAAGCUCUUGAGUGGAUUUGA